AAAUGAAUUCUUUUGGACUUCUAGAAAAAGCUAUCACAUUAUGGAGUGUAGAUGAUGUUAUUCAGUGGCUAAAACAUAUAAAUUUUUCUCAGUAUGAAAAAGAAUUUCAAGAAAAUAAUAUAUCUGGAGACAUUCUAAUACACUUAAACCACGAAUCACUUAAAGAAAUAGGAAUUUUGAGUACGGGUCAUCGACUUAGCUUUCUUAAAGCAAUAUAUCGUAUCAAAAUUGAUCAAAAUAUUCCUAUCGAGCCAGAACAUUAUAUACCCGUCUCGCUAGAAAUGGAAAAACUUUCUGAAUAUGAUAAAUCAGAAAUUAACAAAACUAAAGAGUUAACACAAGCUAUCUUUUCUUAUGGAAAACACUUAAAUGAAUUCGAAAAAGAGAUAAGAAAUCUAAAAAAAGAUUUAUCCAAAAUUCAAGAAGACAUAACUUAUAUUUUUGAAAUUAUCAAAGAUAUAAAGCUAUCGAAAAAAUCUGAUGAUAAACUUACUCAUACUGGUUUAUCGCUUAAAAGAUUUCAUGAAAAACCCUUACAAUUAAAAACUAUACCUACACAUUCCCAGAUAUCACCUAUACAACUAGAUUCUGAGCUUGACUCACCAACAUUUCCAACGGAGACUUAUAAAAAUCAAUUAACACAUAGUAUCCAAGAUAACUUAGAAUUUGGAAUGAAUCAUAACAAUUCUAACCAAAUUAAAAGUGAAUGUGCUAUAACUGACGAAUCUGUAUCUCCAGUAAGUUCUAAAAAAUCACACAAAAGCAUAGAAAUGUUCAAAUCCUUUCGCAUUAAAUUGAACGAUUCGUGUAGAAAAGUUUUACUUUCUGCAUUAAAGGAAUAUAAAAUAAAUUCUGACUGGAAAGAGUAUGCAUUAGUCCUAUGUUAUGACAACAAAGAAAGAUACAUAGAACUUAAUGAAAAACCUUUAUUGCUAUUUCAAAAACUACAAAAGGAUGAAAAAAAACCUAUUUUUAUCCUAAAACAAAUCAAAAAUCCCACCACCUUAAAUCAACCUUUCAAUUUUAUUCAAGAAAUUAAAAAAGAAUCUGAUAUAUCUAAUACAUUCGAAGAUGCAUUAUGAUAGAUCAUGAUAUAGAAUUUCUAUGUAAAACAACAGAAAACUUAUAACUAUAUCUAAAAUGAAUCCCAAAUACAAUGUUAAAUAAAUCUAUAAUUAGAA